AUGAGUUCCCCAGCCCAGGCGGGACCGUCCGUCCCGAAGGAGGAGAAGAAGAAGGGCGUGGGCAAGUUCCUGACGAGGGUCAAGACUGUUCUCAAGAGGGCCGACCCAUCGAAACGGCUAUCAACUCUCGGCAGCUCGAAAGCUGGUCCGUCUACUGCUGCUCCUGCAACUAGCGAACCGGCAGCUGCUGAGACUUCGAAGAAGCCGGAGGAGCCACCAUUUGAGGGAAAGAAGAUCCCUAGGCUCAAGAUUCAUGAGGAGAGGGCAAGAAAGUUGGCCGAGAGGUACGGCCUAGAGAUUAAGCCAAGUGAAUGGCAUUCGACCGAGGGCGAGGCUCUACGAGUUGAGAAGCCAAUCCGCAUGCGCGUUCACCGGAUCUGUCAUAACUGCAAUUCCACCUUCGGAACGUCGAGGGAGUGUCCCAACCCUGAUUGCAAGCACAUCCGCUGCAAGGAGUGCACGCGCUACCCGGCCAAGCGGACGGAAGCCGAGAAGAUUGCGAGCCGCGAGAGAAGGGCGGCCAUCCUCAAGGAGCGCGCCGAGAACCCUCCCAUCGCCGUUGAUUACAAUCCUUCGCCGGAGAAGGUUGUCCUCAGGAGGCCUGCCAAGGCAGGUGGCCAAGACCUGGUUUAUAAGAAACCCCGACAGCGAGUCCGACGAACAUCGAAGAAGGACAAAUAUCCUUUCGGAUACCCUGGCGAUGAAUUUGGAAAAAAUUCCAUUCCAGUUUACGCAUGUAGCAAAUGCAAGAAGAGGUAUCCUCCCGACGCCGAAAACGGGACUGCAUGCGAGAGAUGUGGCACCGAGAAGACACCUGAUACGCAGCGGCUCAAACCGCAGAGAAUAGAACCCGAGCCAGAUCCUGAUAUUUUGAAGAGUAUAGAGGCCAAACUUCAGGCCUUGAAGGUUUCUAAAGAGAAGGAACCGGAAACUGAAGCAACAUGA